AUGGCACCCCAAGAAGCUGAGGUUCUAUCAGCGUUAAAGCUUCUUCGUGAUACGCCUAGUGAUAUGCUCAACACUCAUCGUGACCUGGCACUUCGGACCUUAACACAGAUUGGACGGGCUAUCAACGCCCAUUGGAUUGAAGAUGAAGCCCCGAACAGGGUCAAUGUGGGAGUCCAUGGCGGACCCUAUGGACCCACCGAGCCAGAAGCCCAACGUCCACAAUCAGAUACUUUCUCGCAACUCAUAGUCUCAAGCACGCCUUCUCAAGAGAGCAAUGCUUCAAGCCUACCGGGCCGUGGGCUCUCCAAGUCAUCCUCAAAAACUUCUCUGGAAAUCACUACACGCAAACGAAAGCGACAAGCGACCAAGGAUCCACAUUCCGCGGCAUUAAUCGGAGCUGCGAAAAAGAGGCUCCCUCGAAUCCUCGAAUUCUGCAAGUCCUAUGCUUCUCUUUCCGAGAUACUGCAGACCGAGCAGGAGAUGUAG